AAAGCCCCGCUUAUAAUAUGUCAACAGAGAGUAGCGGCUGUCAUUCAAUUAGAGGUUAGUUGUUAUUGAGUAGUGAAAACAAAGCGUUUUGGGGCCAAAUUCCUCAAAAAAUGGACGAAGUCGACAAACUAGAGUACCUCUCGCUGGUGUCCAAGGUGUGCACCGAGCUGGAGAACCAUCUGGGCAUGAACGACAAGGACUUGGCCGAAUUCAUCAUCCACCUGUCCGAGAGCAACAACACGACCGAGUCGUUCAAGCGCGCCCUGCUGGAAAACGGGGCCGAAUUCUCGGACUCCUUCAUCGCGAACUUGCUGCGCAUCAUCCAGCACAUGCGAGUGAAGAAGGGCCAGCCGGUCGCGGGCGCCCCCUUGAAGGAGACGCUGGCGUGCAAAUUCCCGGGCCUGGCGCUGCCCAACGAGCCCCAAAAGCCGCUGAGCGAGCCGGAGAAGGACAGCGCGGUGGUGGCCGAUCUCAUGGCCCAGUUCGAGGCCGAAGCCCCAUCGGCCAGCCACCGGCCUCCAGUCGAGCGCAAGCGGCAAAGGUACCAGUUUAAGUUUAGUUUUUUUCGAGCAAACCCGGCUUUAAAGCUCUACAGCGGAAAAGUGGCCAACAUCGUGCCGUUCGGGUGCUUUGUGCAGCUGGAGGGGCUGCGCCGCCGCUGGGAAGGGCUGGUGCACAUUUCGCAGCUGCGCGCUGAGGGCCGCGUCACCCAAGUGUCGGAGAUCGUCGCCAGAGGCAGCAGGGUGAAGGUGAAGGUGCUCUCCGUCGCCGGCCAGAAGGUGUCGCUGUCGAUGAAGGACGUCGACCAGGUGAGCGGGCGCGACCUCAACCCGCUGUCGCACGCCCCUCAGGAGCGCGAGGACAAAGAUCGGAACCCCGACCGGCCGACGCACAACGCCACCUCGGUGCUGCGCCUGCCAGUCAGCCUGGACGAGAACGAGGAGGACUCGCGGAAGCGCGUGACGCGCCUCUCCAGCCCCGAGCGCUGGGAGAUCAAGCAGAUGAUCUCCUCCGGCUGCAUCGACAAGAGCGAGCUGCCCGAGUUCGACGACGAAACGGGGCUGCUGCCCAAAGAGCAGGAGGACGGCGAGGCCGACAUCGAGAUCGAGCUGGUGGAGGACGAGCCGCCCUUCCUCAACGGGCACGGACGCGCCGUGCACGAUCUGAGCCCCGUGCGCAUCGUGAAAAACCCCGACGGCUCGCUGGCGCAGGCCGCCAUGAUGCAGUCGGCGCUGGCGAAGGAGCGGCGCGAGCAGAAGAUGCUGCAGCGCGAGGCGGAGGUGGACGCGCAGCCGGCGGGCAAGAGCAAGACGUGGAUCGACCCGCUGCCCGCCGACGAKGCCAAGRCGCAGCCGGCGCGCGGCAUCGGCCUGCAGGCGCAGGACCUGCCCGAGUGGAAGAAGCACGUGAUCGGCGGCAAAAAGUCGUCGUUCGGCAAGAAGACGAACCUCACCAUCGUGGAGCAGCGCCAGUCGCUGCCCAUCUACAAGCUGAAGGAGGAGCUGCGCAAAGCGGUCACCGACAACCAGAUCUUGAUCGUGAUUGGCGAGACGGGCUCGGGCAAGACGACGCAGAUCACGCAGUACCUGGCGGAGGCGGGGUUUACGGCGCGCGGCAAGAUCGGCUGCACGCAGCCGCGCCGCGUCGCCGCCAUGUCGGUGGCGAAGCGCGUGGCUGAGGAGUUCGGCUGCCGGCUGGGCCAGGAGGUCGGCUACACCAUCCGCUUCGAGGACUGCACCAGCCCGGAAACCAUCAUCAAGUAGGUAUCCGACUGGCCACAGAUGGCCGAGUUCCCACUGGAGCCGAACCUCUCGAAGAUGCUGAUCAUGUCGGUGGCGCUGCAGUGCUCCGACGAAAUCCUGACCAUCGUGAGCAUGCUGAGCGUGCAGAACGUCUUCUAUCGGCCGAAGGACAAGCAGGCGCUGGCCGACCAGAAGAAGGCCAAGUUCAAUCAGCCGGAGGGCGACCAUCUGACGCUGCUCGCCGUCUACAACAGCUGGAAGAACAACAAGUUCUCCAACGCGUGGUGCUACGAGAACUUCGUCCAGAUCCGGACGCUCAAGCGGGCGCAGGACGUCCGCAAACAGCUGCUCGGCAUCAUGGACAGGCACAAGCUGGACGUGGUGUCCGCCGAGCGCAACACCGUGCGCGUCCAGAAGGCCAUUUGCUCGGGGUUUUUCCGCAACGCCGCCAAAAAGGACCCGCAGGAGGGCUACCGCACGCUGGUGGACAGCCAGGUGGUCUACAUCCAUCCGUCCAGCGCCCUCUUCAAUCGCCAGCCCGAAUGGGUGAUCUACCACGAGCUGGUGUGCACCACGAAGGAGUACAUGCGGGAGGUGACCACCAUCGACCCCAAGUGGCUGGUGGAGUUCGCGCCCGCCUUCUUCAAGUUCUCCGACCCGACCAAGCUGAGCAAGUUCAAGAAGAACCAGCGGCUCGAGCCGCUGUACAACAAGUACGAGGAGCCGAACGCCUGGCGGAUCUCGCGCGUGCGGCGCCGCCGCAACUGAGCCGCCCCCCCGGGGCCCCCAGUUUGUACAUAUCUGCUAGUUAAACUAAGCCACGUUGUACAUAAGUUCUGUAUUGUUGAGGCUGGUUCAUUUUUUUACAGUUACAAUUUUUGUCUUUAAAGAAGACAUAAUUUCCUCACGUCUUUUCCUCCCAAUUCGCAAUAAGAAUCGUCGGUUGCCUAUCCCGAUUGUGACGUAGCAAGUCAUAUCGACAAAGUGUCUCGGGUUUAUUUUGUUGCUGUCGCAGCUUUGGUUUAUUACUUCAGUUAUUGUGAUUAACAUUAUUUUAUUGAUUA